UUUUUCCUGUUUGUUGCGUGCAAGGGGUGGAUGUUCCACAGACCUGACUCGAGCGGCUGCCAGAACUCAAAUGUACAAGUCGAGCGUAUGCUCCACGUUUUUGAUGAUCAAGGAAAGGAUGUGACGCCCCGUCCACUCUUCCAGCCGGAUCCCAGUAGUGUGGCACCCAAGCAAGGCAAAAUCUUAGCAGCGAGUGAUUACUCGGGGGUCACGGGAUCUGGUUUCCUGUCUUCUUUUUCCAUGCAACAGACUUCAGGGUUGAAUAUUAGUUUAGCAGGUCCAUUCUCAAGGUCAUAUGGAAGCAGCACUAUUUCCAGAUCGUACGCGUCAACUGAGUCCCUCGCAGAUGACGUGGCAGAACCCAGCCCUCGACGGGACACCAGUGCCGGCAUAACAGAUGUCCGGGUGAGACGAGAGGACGUGAAAGAGCAACUGACAAAUGAAGAGUUGGAUAGGAGAGUGGAUAUUUACCUGACGGAAACGGAAACCAUUUGGAUAUUCGAUAUGCCAUCCGUUGUGAUGUCCGUGGAGGCUGAAGAUGCAGGAAAAGUCCUGGAGCGGAAUAAGAUUUAUGUUGACGUUUGCAAAAAUAGAGUUGGUAACGAGCGCUUUGUGGAAAGAAUGAUGCAAACCCUUAAUGGAGCCCCGAAGAGCAAGGAAGUGCAGUGUGACAAAAUCGUCACAGAAGAUAAAGGGAUCAUGGUCACUUCCUGGGACUUAUAUGAUUCCUUCAAUGAACUGGAAAUAGAACCUACAUCAAAAGCAGAAGGUAGAAGAGUCACAAUUGUGAGCAGCAAUAUCUCUCUUAUAAGUAAAGAGCAUGAUCAGACCUCAUCUUCGAUUUAUGGCAGAGAAAGCACAACUUCUUCUGUAAUGGAAACUGCUCUUCUUGCCAAGAUCCACGAAGAGAGGGAAGACCAUUCAGAGGCUAUACUAAAAUCAGACAAAUUUCAGCAGGACUUAUUUUUCAUGGAGAGGAUUCUAAUGGAGAAUGUUUUUCAGCCCAAACUUGCAGUUUAUCGACAACUUCCUGUCCUUAUAGAACCUGUUGCUCCAUCAAAUACUGGCAACAAAGCAGCAGCCAYGGAAGAAGCUGACCUGGAAAAGGAAGAACAUGAGCAGGAGGAGCAGGAGGAGGAAGAGCACAAGGAUGUCUUCAUUGCGCCCUCAGUCCUGUCAAACCUGAAUAAAGCCCCGGAAGAAUUUGUACCUCCCAGUCUGGAAUUGCUGUGGUCGUAUACAUGCGAUCUAACUAGUGGCCGUAGUGUGAGCAGUAUGGCUUGGAACAAACUAAACCCAGAUCUUUUGGCUGUUGGUUAUGGAGAGUUUGAUUUCAAAGAGCAGAAGAACGGCUUGGUUUGCUGUUGGACACUGAAGAACCCCAUGUGGCCAGAGCGUGUUUUUCACUGCGAACAUGGUGUGACUGCCGUGGAUUUUUCCAUGGUCAGUCCUAAUCUUUUAGCAGUUGGAAUGUACAACGGUGUGGUUGCCAUCUAUAACGUGCAGAGCCGGAACAACGCGGCCCUUCUGGACAGCAGYGAGUCUUUAGAUAAACAUAUAGGUCCUGUAUGGCAGCUGAAGUGGGUAGAGCAGGACAGAGGCACCACAGGAGAUGAUAAAGGAGAGAUACUAAUCUCCAUCUCAGCAGAYGGCCGAAUAACCAAGUGGUUUAUACGGAAAGGACUGGGCUGCUCUGAUCUGAUGAAAAUAAAGCGAACAGUAGGCGAGAAGAAAAAAACAACAGGUGAGAAAGAAAGGAAAAGCGAGGCUCUGAUAUCUCGACAGGCUCCUGGAAUGUGCUUUGACUUCCAUCCAAAGGAUACUAAUUUUUAUCUUGCUGGAACAGAAGAGGGUCUUAUUCACAAAUGCUCUUGUUCCUACAAUGAGCAGUUUAUAGAAACGUACAGAGGACAUAAGGGUCCUGUGUACAAAAUCGCUUGGAAUCCGUUCAGCACUGACAUGUUUUUAAGCUGCUCUGCGGACUGGAGCAUCAUUUUGUGGCACCAGGAGUCACAGAAGCCCAUCCUAACAUUCAGCUCCACCACUGCUGUCGUUCAUGACAUUGUGUGGUCUCCAAAGUCGGUCUUUAUAUUUGUAGCAGUGAAUGAAGGCAGAAUAGAAAUCUGGGAUCUCAGUAUCAGCACCUUGGAUCCCCUGGUCAUUAGGUUGGCCACUCCGAAAGUGAAGUUCACCACRGUGCUUUUUGCCAAGAACACGGACUGCCUGCUCAUAGGAGACAGCAAAGGACAAGUCAGUGUGUUCGAGCUGCAGAAUCUGGGUGCUUCCCAGAGCAACCAGGUUGAUGCCCUACAGGAUAUAAUUGGUUCUGCUCUAGCUACUUAACAGUAGCUGAAUGACACCACUUCUCAGAUGGUAAACAGCGAGAAAGACAGAUUUCAUCUUGUGUCUGCAAAUUCCCAAGUCCAGCAUUUAGCUAUGUAUUAGGG